GCUGCUCAGUUCAAAGAGAAAGGUGGGACUACAAUUCCUUAGCAACGCUUGGCUCCCUGGGAGUGGUGGCGGUUGUUUCAACAUGGCGGCAGCGGCAACAAAAAGUGGAAAUUCGGGGAUAUUUUGGAUGAAUGGUGUGUCAGAUGAGGAACAGCCUUUGGUGUUUGUUCCUGGAUUAGAAGGAGAGGGGAAGACCCCUUUUAGUUUGAGAUCAGGCAGCAGCACCAGCACAUCCAGUAAAAGAGGUACCAACAUGCGAGCCAGGCGUAGCUCUGAUUGCAAGAACGAGACCACACUAAGGAAAGUUGUCAAGAAACAGGGCUCCUCACAAAGUGAGCGCUCUGGGGUUUAUACCAAGGAAAAAGGGUCCAUCCAUCCCAGUGCUACUGUAGCUACAGAGCCCACCAUUUCUCCAGCUUUGGGUACUUUUAUCUCCUCAACACAGGUAAUCUCUGAGACCAGCAGAGCUAAGAGCCAGGUCUGUUUGAAAGACCUCUGUCCUGAAGAUAAGCGCCGGAUUGCAAACCUCAUCGAAGAACUAGCCAGAGUGAGCGAGGAGAAAGAAGAGUCAGUGCAGCGUCUGAAAGAUGAACAGGAAAAUUUUGAGGCCAAGAUCCAGAAGUUGGAACAACAGAACGUGAUCAUAGUUCAGGAAAGGGAGAGCCUGCAGCAGCAGUAUAGAGAGUGCCAGGAGCUGCUUGGUCUCUACCAACAAUACCUUUCUCAGCAACAGGCGAAACUUAACCAAUCCAUUGCCCAACUCAGCGAGGCACCAGCCCAUAGCGAGGUGCUCCGCGAGGAAGCUCCCAACAGAACAUCUACCAGCAAAGUUAAUGGCUCUCUCUUUGAUGGCUCAUACCUCAGCCUUGCGGCUACCCCAGCACAACAGCCUCAAGUGCACAGAAGUGGUGGUGGAGGAAGAGCAAUACAUACCCAUAGCAACCAUGCCUCUCUUUCCUGUGUUAGUGAGUUCAGUCCAACUAAUGGGACGAUCAAACAGCAUAGGAUUCAGAAAAGGGAGUGCAGGGAGCCACACUCAAAGUCCCACCACAGAUGUGAACACUACCAAGGCAGUGGUCGAGACAGUGACUCUUGUCUAGAGAAUGGCCACCAUGACAACUUUAGCCAGCAUGAGUGUAAAAGACUCCACAGUGGGGGUGCCAUUGGCUCAGAGGCCAAGGAAGCUCUGACCAGGCCUCUGUUGGGCCACGAGGACUGGGAGGAGAAGAGGCACCAGCUGCUGCUGCAGAAGAUGCAGUUGGAGAUGGAGAGAGAGAGGCUGCAGGCACGGCUGGCUGAGCAGGAGGAGAGGCUCAAUAGACAGAAUCAGCAGCUACGUCAGUCGCGUCUCGAUUACAGCAGGUUUCAACAAGCUACUCAAUCUGAUCUCAGCAGCUCAAACACUAGAAAAGGAGAUCCACAGCCGGAGGGUCCCUCCCACCAAGAUUUACCCCCUAGUGUGUGUGAAGAUGCAAAGGUACAUCCUGCAGGACAGAGCAUGAAUGGAAAACACUCCCAAACUGUACCCGCUCUUCUGGACAAUGGCAAUGAGGCCUUAGAGAGGUCUAGAAAGGACAUGGCCACAUCUCCUGUUAAGUCCCCUGCAAGCCUGAGUAAGCCCACCUCAGUGGCUGUGAUCCAAAAGUCCCCUGAGGCCAGGGAAGCCUGAGUGAGGCAGGCUACUCCUGUCUUGUGGGGGACAUUGUGAAGAUUAUUUGUGGGCUGUCGGUAGGCUUGCCUCAGUAGACGGUGUUUCUGGUGUUCGAUGGUCGGGCAUGCAUCGAUAUGCCCACCACCCCCACCGUUGUUUUGUUUUUAUAGAAAUAAAACCAAUUUAGUACAUUUUUGUGUAUCCGUGCCCCAUCGAUAUUUCGAAAUCGAAAUUUCCUCACCGUGGCAUCCCUAGCUGUCAGGGUGCAGUAUUUUAUUUGUUUUUGCUGACCUCUCUUAAGGCAAUUGAUGGGUUUUCCUCUAGUUGUGAAGAAAUAUUAACAAUAAUGAAAAGCAUAAAUAUAAAAUUUGAAUCUAGAAGCUUUUUUCCUGGGCAUGCAAUUGCUGUAGUGUUGGAGGCUAAAUUAUGU